AAGAAUCUGUCAGUCGAAGAACAGUGAGACGAUGGAAGAAAGCUGCGGCUGAAGCAGUUGAGCAAUCAUCAGAUUCUUUAUAACAAAGAUAUGGAUGCAGCAUCUGCUGACAAAGAAAACAACAUACAUGAGCCAAAAUCUGAUGAAAAAAUUGAAAAUAGAUCUGAAAAACAAGCUGAGAGUGAUAAAGAAAUGGCAUCAGAAGAAAAGGGAUAUGAAGACGAUAACAUCUCAGUGAUCGAAUCUCUCGAGUGUAUAAGCCCUGAAAGUUCAUAUCAACCAAUACCACAGACAUCUGGAAACAAUAAACAUGAUUCAAGAAAACGACGAUCUUCUAAGCACAGCGAUGAUGAACAUGGUGUUAGUCACAAACGUAUGAACGUUCGAGACCGUAAUUCGUCUCAUCGCAAUUCAUCACCGCCAUGCAUAAAGUUAGUAGAAAAAGAAAAAUGUGCUAAUCGAUCACCAGUUCAUGAAAAGUCAAGUUCAAGACCUUGGAAUUCACAUAGAAGAAAUUCAGAUGCAGAUUACAACAAAAUUGGUAAAUCGAACAAAGGGCAUGGAUCUAGUGAUCAAAAUAGAUCAUCAUCAAAAAAUAAGUCUGGUUAA